AUGGCUGGCCCCGAGCCAGUGCGCACUUUCGGUGUCGGCGACAUUGUGAUUGCGAAGACGCUCGAUCCUGAGACUGGUGUAAUCGUUGACCGAGCCGCUACGAUCCUCGAGCUCCUUGGGGCCACGGAGUUCGACGUGCUGAUUCCGUACGAGAACUAUCGGGUAAAAUGCUACUACCUACACUCCGAGGGAUGGAUCUCAAUGUCACGACGGCUGCCAGGCAACGCGCUGGAGGCUGCGCCGUAUCCUAAAGGAUCGCGUGUUGCGAUCAGUCUGCACUGGUCCAGUACUGUAGGAGAGGUCAUCGACGUCAAGAUCGUCGACGGCGUGAUCAAAUACGACAUUGAGAUCGACUUGGGUGAUCCCACCAUCUUCACUUGCUCAGCUCUCCGUCUGCAGGCUGAUAUCCCAGCAACUAUGGCCACAACCAAGAACGGUCCUCCACGGAGUCGCCCGGAGUCGCCCACGUACAAAGUCGGCGACCUGGCGCUAGCAAGGAUUUACAACACGUCUAUCGCGGCACUGGGUGACCAAAGUGUCUUAGUGAGUAUCACUGCUCUGGUCGCGGCGCCGGAACCGUCCAAACUCGAAUACGACGUAACAAUUGUCGGGCCCGGUCCUCCCUGGGGUGAUUUUAGGCUGUCGAGCGAACAGCUGACGCCACUCAAGUAUCAGUUGGGCCAAAAAGUCAGAUCCUUGUGCCCGCGUGCAGCAGCUGAGUUCGGGCAAAUCGUGUCCGUCAGAAAGGAGGGCAAGGAGGUCUUGUACGACAUUCAGUUCAUUGUUAAGCGUAUGAGCGCCGAUGAACUUGAACCUCUUCCGGCCGCCAAUGAAGCAGAUUGA